CAAAUGUGUAGUAAAUUGUAUACAACGAUAGAUGACAUACAGUUUGAUACAUUAGUUGACAUCCCACCGCCACCAUCACCACCGCCACCACCACUCGAUGAGGAGGAGAUGAGCACCCGGUCGUUGCCCAGUACAACAGAAAUCACCGAAUCCGAGGCCCGACAGGCGUUACUUAAGUAUAUAACCAAUAAGUGCUGUUAUGGUAAAGGAGUCGCUAAUGAUAUGUCAAUCAUCAAAAUAGAGCACAUGAGUGCUUUCCAUUAUACUUUAGARACAUUUAGCGAAAAAAGACAAAUUAGUUGGGCUUACGAACCAUAUUUAGGCGGUCCAGUAGAUAGUCAUACAAUUGUUAAUCCUAUGAACAUUUGGGAUAUAAAAAGCAAUCCAACAGCUCUUUUCCAGAAUCAGGUCUCACAGAUGGAGGUACCAAAUACAGCAACAAUUAAGAUGUGCCACAUAUGCGGUGGUGGGGGAAGAAAACGAUGUCUUUCUUGUGAUGGCAAAGGAUAUGAAACAUGUUUUUCAUGUCAUGGAGACGGACAUAAACCCAGUUUUAGUAAUGGUGGUGAAAGGGAACGGUGUUGGAAGUGUAUGGGUUCGGGUCGGUUGAGAUGCUGGAAGUGUAGCGGUGAAGGCCGGACCCAAUGUCAGUCGUGUGCCGGCACCGGACAAUUGAAAUGCUAUAUAAGGGUCAUAAUUACCUGGUCAAACCAUUGUGACGAUUAUGUGUUGGAUAACGCAUUGAAUGCUGUGCCCGACCAACAACUCAAAUCAGUUACCGGGGAAGUCGUGUUUGAAGAGGAACAGCAUAGGUUAUGGCCAAUCAAUCACUUUCCAGACAAUACUAUAAACCAGUCCUCACAACAAUUGAUUCAAAAGCAUUGGGACACAUACUUAUCGASUGAAAAAUUGUUAGUUCAGAGACAUCGGGUUCGUCUAAUAUCAAUAGCAACAAUCCAUUACCUAUGGAAGGGUGAAUCGGCACAGUAUUCAGUGUACGGACAGGAGAGACGAGUUCACGCACCUGACUAUCCACAGACCUGCUGUUGUGGUUGUGUUAUACUAUGAUUGCAUUUCCACUAAUUGGGCCAAUACUGCAAACACAUCAAAACCCAUACCAAACGACACACACUUUGUUAUUGAUUAACAAUA